AUGGCUCGUGGCAAGGUUUUCAGCAACCCCUACCUCUCCGGAGACUACGGGACCUUGAGAUACACUGCGAAGAAGCAGUGUUCCUCGCACAUCGUGCCGCUGCCUGCGCUCGCUCCAAAGUUCUUGAGGCCGAGUGCAAGACAGGCUUCACGGUGUGCCGCGACCAGAACUGUCUUCGAGCACAGGAUCUUCGAUGCCGCGACGAUUGACUGCGUCCUGCAGUUCAUCUACACCGAUGACUACGUGCUGCCAAAAGGAGAAGGCCAAGAAGCUGCAGAUGUCGAAGCUACGGUAGAAGAGAAAGCAAGCGACAUGCACCAGCUCGCUGCCCAUGUACUCGUCCACGCGGCUGGAGACCUCUACGACAUCGCUGCAUUGAGAGACCUUGCGGCAAGCAAGUUCGUCAACGGCGCGCAGCCUCUCAAGGAAAAUGACAGAUCGAUCUUCCUGGAUCUCGUUGCUCGCGUCGUUAGGCACACUAUGCCCACCGAAGACAACGCUCUGCGUAAGAAGGUUCUCCAAAUGGCUCUCCAGCAGAAAGAACAGCUUCUCCAAGACCAGACUUUCGUCGAGCUUCUCUUUGAGCGCAACGAUCUUGACGACUUCGUGCCGCAAUUCAUCUGCGGCGCUGUCACAGAGUUCAAUGACGCUUUAGUCAAGCAGCAUGAACUGCACCAGACCGACAUGGAUAAGACACAGCUCGAGGUGAAGAACGCUCAAACUGCGCGUGAUGAAGCUCUACAGGCCAAAGACAAGGCACUCGCUGAUGUUACGCGACUCCGUACGGAUCGCAACAACGGUCGCCAGCAGCUCAGUACCAAACAGCGCGAGCUAGAGGAUAUCCAGAAGGCCCAUGAAAAGGAGGUCACCAAACUGCGUGACAAUGCUCGCCAGCAGCAGAAGGACAGUGACUCCAAGCUCAAGGAGGCCCGGACCCAGCAAUCAGCAGCCGAAACUCGCGCGCGUAGUGCUCAGGAGAUCCUGGACAAGAGACUUCAGGGCUUCGCUCGCAUACCCUAUUGCAAUAAAUGUAAACAAUCGCCGUUCAGCUACAUCCUUGAUGACGUCCACACUGCUCGAUGCCAGAGCUGUAACACACGACACAAUGCCAUUGGGGAAUAUUGA